AUGGGAAUAUGUCUAUCGUGUUUAUAUCCAGUGGAAGAAGAAUAUAAUGAGGAGACGUCGCCUUUGCUGCCUUCUCAAGUCGACGACUCUGAGGAUACAGUGAGGAGGAAUAAGGAGCUCGAGACCAUAGUAACCAACACAAAUGAGCUGCUGAUUGACAUAACGAGCUUUUUGAACUCAUCCAAUGGUGAUGGAAGAGAUGUCUCGAUAUCCAGUUCAGGGCUGCUGAAUGCUGGUGGAAAAUUGCCGGUUUCCAGAGCAGCCGACGUUGGUGAGACGAACAUUUACAACCCGCAAUCGGUCUCCCAAGAGCAAAGAAGGAGCCUGGAAAAGAUACAUGCAAAGGCUAAGAGUCUAGUUAUGGAGAGUGUGGCAAUCAACUCGAGUAAUGUGGGUGCUUUGAUAGCGGAUUUUUCAUGA